AUGGCGUCAGGACGUGGUCGCGGUAGUAUGUCAUUGGGCAUGAAGCUCAUUCGCUUCCUUAUUGUUCUUCUUAAUCUGGCUUUUAUUAUGGUGGGCUUAAUUUUACUUGCAAUCGGAGUAUUUGUUGUCAGAGAUCCUAAAAUGCAACAACUCCGUCCAUUAUUAAAUCCAGAUAUAGCCGCGCAAUAUUCGCAAGGUCUCUCAAAUAUCGAAAUAUUUGCUAUUGGGUUAAUUGCAGUGGGUGGUGUCUUAUUAUUGAUCGGAUUUCUUGGCUGUUGCGGAGCUAUCAAAGGCUUUCGAUUCUUACAUCUUCUUUAUGCUGCAGUCGUUGGUCUUGUCAUUCUUGCUGAAAUUGCCAUUGUUGUCAUAUUUUUUCUCUAUCAAAGUCGAUUUCGCACACAACUUGUUGCUAAACUUCAAGAUUCCAUCGCUGUUAAUUACGUUGGCAUUCCUCUUAACAAUAAAACCGUGGCCAACUCAGCAUCGCUUUCAUGGGAUUUUGCUCAGUUCAAUUUACAAUGUUGUGGAGCUGUGAAUAAAAAUGACUUUAUACGUGCCGGUAAUUGGACACGACAAAAUCCAUACGAUACAUCGAAGCAAUUAGUUGUCCCAUUCACAUGUUGUCCAUUAAAUGCAACAAAAAGUUGGACACAAUUACCCACAAACUAUUCUUCGGCAACUCAAUGUGCAACAACGGGAGAAACUGCUUAUGUUCAAGGCUGCUACGAUCGUUUAGCUGAUAUCUUAUCUUCGUAUAAAACUGGUGUGAUCAUUGGAGGUGUUGUUGUUCUCGUUAUCGAAGUGCUCGCUCUUGUUUUUGCUGUACUUCUCUACCGUCGUAAAGAAGAUGAAGUCUACGAUACAUUGUGA